AUGGGGAUGACGAUUUUAGUCGCGUCGAUGUGCGUCGCGAUUCGAGGAUGGCUUCGAGGAGGACGCGGCGUGAGUCGAGCGCCGUUGCGCAUGACGGAUGUGUGUCUGUUCUCGCCGAGCACGCCGGGGCGCCUGCGAGCGGCGCUCCCGAGGAUCGCGUCGACCUGGGGUGGGUCGAUCUCCAUAGCGGUCGUGGCGGACGUCGUUGGAGAUCCGACGCGAACGGCCAGCGAGCUCGAGGGUUUGGUGUCGACGCUGGAGGGGGAUGUGGCGCGGGUGUCCAUCGCGGUGGUCGAGAAACUGGAAGAGUUUGGCGACGACGAUCAUGAGCCGCGAUUUCCGGUCAACUUUUUGCGUAACAUCGCGAGAGAGAAGUGCAGUGAGCUUGGAGCGACGUGGGUGCUCGCGCACGACGUGGAUUUCGAGUGCUUCGCGCCGAACGCGUCCGCAUUUCUAAACGACGUCUCGAGCGUGUUGCGACCGGGUCAGAGACACGCGCUCGUGGUUCCCGCGUUUGAGCUGCAUGCGAGAUGGAGUGCGAAGAUGAAUGCGAAGCGCGAUGCGAUCAGAAAUCAUCGAAAACGCCAUACAGCGACCCUACCGGCGGUCACGGACGUCGGAACGUCCGAUGGCAAUGCGUUUCCUGCAGCAUUCUUCGAGUCGCUCAUCGAGAGAGAUCGAGAUCGAGUGAUCGAGCGUGAGAUGCGAACGCCGCUAAAUUUGACGUUUCCUUACAGUGAUCGCGAGCGAUUACGCAAACUCGUCGAUGAGAGACGUCUGAGCGCCGGAUUUCAGGUUCGGUAUUUUCCUAGAGCGCACGCGCCAUCAAAUUACAAUCAGUGGUUUUCGAACGUGACAUGCGAGCCAUAUCGAGUCGCCGCGCACAAACACCCUUGGUACUACGAGCCAUAUGUCAUUCUUCGCGCUGACAUGGCGCUGCCGUUCGAUGAAUCGUUCGUCACAUACGGUUUUAACAAGGUACAGUACGCGCACGAGCUUGCCGCCGCUGGAUUUGUUUUCUACGUGACCAAAAAUGCCCACACGGUGCACACUAAUGUUCACCUGACGCGAGCGAUGGCGAACCUUCGUGGGAAGGAUUUAGAGAAAUGCCUGACGCAUCCUGCUGGAUCGAAGGAUUACAGAAUCGCGCGCAUCGGUCACAGUUGCAUUCCGGCGUUUUUUCGUCGCAUGCAGUGCGCGUACGGCUUCACAUUGUCAUCGCUAGACUUUUCAUUGGCAGAUGACGAUGUUCCGGUCCCGCAGGAUUUACUCUUUCGUCUCCAGAGCGAUGAGAACAUCGUGUGCUACGCGGGGUGCGUUACGGAUUUGGAGGAGAGCACUCGCACACCAGGCAUCGCCACUUUUCGCGGCGGGCGCUGGACGAACGUCACGCCAAGAUCCGACGCGCGUCGACGAAAACGGGGUCACUGUGAGCGUUUUGACGGCCACAUUACUUAG